AGCUCAGCAAACGCAGAGCAGAAGAUUAACCCCCUCCUGGCCGUCCUGAUCCUACAGGAGAGAAAGAAAAAAAUGUGCCAGAGACAGAGAGUUUAGGAAAGUAUGUUCCCUUCCCUCCCCCUCCUGCCCGUGGAAUGGUUCAUUCCCCUACUGGAUCCAUCCUCUCAUUCCAAGACUUUUUUUUGUGCCUGAGAGAAGAGAAGAGGGAAAGAGAAGAGAGGAGAGAAGUCAGGAGUGGAUCCUCUGUGGACACCGUCUCCCCCGGAGCUGCGCUCACACAUCAGCCCUUUGUCUGGGAUAUGUUUUCUUAGGAACAACCACUUGGAUAGAGAAUUCCUUCCCAUUGUCAUUUAACUCCGGGAGACCAGGGAGAGAGCAUGCUUGUUCUUUUCGUAUGGAUAUUUACGCUGCCCAACACACUUUCCCAAGCCCUGCAGCCUCGAUUCCUCCAGGAGCCAAGUGACCAGACGGUGGUGGCCGGGCAAAGAGUGGUGUUAUCAUGCGUGGUGCUGAACUACUCGGGGAUCGUGCAGUGGACCAAAGAUGGAUUGGCGCUCGGUCUGGGCAAUCUAAAGAUCUGGCCGCGCUAUCAAGUUGUUGGAAACCCGGAGUCUGGGCAAUACAACCUGGAAAUUACCAACGCCAGCAUUUACGAUGACGCCAAUUUCGAGUGCCAAGCUACCGAGGCCGCCUUGAGAUCCAAAGGAGCUAAACUGACCGUGUUAAUUCCUCCAGAAGACCCUGUUAUUGAAGACGGCUCAAAUGAAAUCCUUCUCAGAGCCGGGACCCCAACUAACCUCACCUGCCGAGCUGAAAACGCCAAACCUGCAGCCACCAUAGAAUGGUACCGAGACGGGAAUCCACAGGAGGGCGCUGUGACCAGCACGAUGGUCCUGUCGGAUGGAAAACGUGAGACAACGACCAGUUACCUGCUGAUCAUCCCCACUGAUCAAGACAUAGGCCGCGUAUUUACCUGUAAGACGUCCAACUACGCCAUUCCAACCGGGAAGGAGACAUCGGUCAAACUGGACGUUCACCACCCGCCCACCGUCACUCUUUCCAUCCACCCCCAAACAGUCCAAGAAGGUGAACGGGUGCGCUUUACCUGCAUGGCCACCGCUAACCCCGCCAUUAAAGGUUACAGGUGGGCCAAAGGAGGAGUGAUCAUCGAGGCGGCGAGAGACAGCUCAUAUGAGACACAAGUGGAUUAUACGUUUUUCACUGAGCCGGUCUCGUGUGAAGUACACAAUGAGGUCGGCAGCACUAAUGUCAGCACUCUGGUGGAUGUACAGUUUGCCCCCAGAAUUGUCGUGGAGCCCAAACCAAUGAUGACGGACAUGGGCUCCGACGUGACCCUGACCUGUAUCUGGACAGGAAAUCCACCGCUGACUCUGACGUGGACCAAGAAAGGAUCGAAUAUGGUUUUAAGCAACAGUAACCAACUAUUCCUGAAGUCUGUGAGCCAGGACGACGCCGGGCAGUACGUGUGCAAAGCCAUCGUUCCCCGUAUCGGUGUGGGAGAGAAAGAGGUGACGCUAUUUGUCAAUGGUCCUCCAAUGAUCAGCAGUGAGGGAGUGCAGUACGCCGUGCGAGGCGGAGUGGGAAAAGUGGAGUGUUUUAUCGGAAGCACCCCGCCUCCCGACCGGAUUGCCUGGGCAUGGAAGGAGAAAUACCUCGAGAUUGGAACCAUGGAUAGGUAUACUGUGGAACGGACUAAAACGGAAACUGGUGUACGCUCCAUCCUGACCAUCAACAAUGUCAUGGAGACAGACUUUCAGACCAGCUACAACUGCACCGCGUGGAACACCUUUGGGUCAGGAACGGCCAUCAUCAAGCUUGAAGAGAAAGAAGUCGUACCAGUAGGAAUCAUUGCCGGGGCAACUAUUGGAGCCGGGAUUCUGGUCAUUAUCUUCUUUGUCUUCUUCAUUUUCUUCCUCUACCGACGUCGUAAAGGCAGCCGCAAGGAUGUCACACUACGAAAGCUUGAUAUCAAAGUGGAGACGGUCAAUCGAGAACCUCUAACCAUGCACCCUGACAGGGAGGAGGACACAUCGAGCGUCUCUACUGCAACACGUGUCAUGAAAGCAAUCUAUUCGUCUUUUAAGGACGAUGUUGACUUGAAGCAAGACCUACGUUGUGACACCAUCGACAGAGAGGAGUAUGAGCUCAAGGAUCCAACCAACGGCUAUUACAACGUCCGGGCUCACGAUGACAGGCCGAACUCCCGAACUGUGUUGUAUCCAGAUUACCGUAAUCCUGGACCAGCACGUUUCGACGCACGCCCUUCAUCCCGUCUCUCUCACUCCAGUGGUUAUGCCCAACUGAACACUUAUAGUCGGGCUGCUACUUCAGAUUAUAGUACAGACCCAACACCCACAGUAACGCCGGCAACGACAGACACCACCAGUCAACUUUCAUACGAUAACUAUGAAAAAUUCGGGACACACGGGUUCUCAGCUAACUCUGGCUACCCAACAUACCGGCUUAAUUAUACGCAGCCAACCACAACAGGAAUGGAUCGGGGACCAUACGAUACUUUUGAUCCAGUCGGGAAGUUCACAGGUGCCACCCGGUUCUCUUACACUUCCCAACAUUCCGACUAUGGACAAAGGUUUCAACAAAGAAUGCAGACGCAUGUCUGAGGAUUAUAAAAACAAAAAAUAGAACUGGUGGGCAUACAAGGGGAAAAAUAAGAGAGGGUGACACUAUUCAGUCAAAUCUUCUCUCGUAACAUCUAAAGGCAACAAAUGAUUCCAGGAGAGAAGCAACCUCUUAACGUGUCUUCUGAUACUCAGGGACCUUAAUGUCUUGAUCUCAGAAGUCCCCAAGAAAACAGUCAAUGUUGCCCGACCAGCAAAGCCCCGAGGCUUUGACAUGGAAUAAGAUGCCAAACAGAAGGCUGGCCUUUUAGCACCUAAUCAUUCCUUGAAUACCACUGAUUUUUGCCAUCUGGUGUAUGGCACAUGGUAUGACUUUGAGUCGACUUGGUACCGGUGAAGCUUUUCUUUUCACUCUGAUGAGUCCCUACACUCUCUUGGGGGAACACGUGUGCUUUUUUUUAUUAUGCUCUUGAUUUGUCACUGAGAAUCUGGUCUUACUAUAGUAGAGACUUUUCUUUUGUAGUUAUACAUUCCAAAUGUUGAAAGAUAAGACAGGAUGAGUUAGAUUGUUAUGUAGCUUGUACGACAUAUAUGGUCCUAUAUGCUUUUUACAAUCUUGGCACUCGGGCAGCUAUUGUGGAUAGCUAUGGCUAGAAAGUGGAGAAUGAAUGGAUCGGACAAUCAUAAAAAGGUGGAAGUUUCAUUCGCAUCUUUAUAGGUUAAUUUAUUAACUCUACUUAUGGAGGAUUCUUAUAUACCUUUUAAUUUUGGUCCUACAUGGUCUAAAAUUCCCAACAAGCUCUGAGCCAUACUACACUUUAUAUAUAUAUUUUUUUAUACAAUUUGUUAAAUUACCGAGCACUUCUAAGUGAACAUAAACUCCAUCCAUGUGCAUAUUGUACAUGUACUAAACACAUAAAGUCAACAUUCCAGGUAAGACCUAUACGACCCUUCCAUCGUUUCAUUUGUAGCUAGACCUUGAUCUUUUUUGAACAGAUCUAGAAGACCGAGCUUCUUUAGGCAAUAAGUAACAGCCAGAGGUUGCAUUUCUGAAACUACAGCAUUUGCUCUUUGGCUGAGAAAACAAAAAAUGAAUUACUCAGGGAUGAAUGGUCCAAUAUCUUGGUAAAAAAAAAAUGGAUGAUGGAUUAUACAAAGCAGUAUUAGGUUUUGUGGACUUUUUAGGAUAUGGAAAUUCAAUUUGAUAUGGUCAUAGAUAAUAGAGGCCACUCAUGUGGGAGUAAGAUUAGUCAAAUGAGCAGAAUCGGGUCGCAUUGGUCUAGCAACUUUAAAAGGGUACUCCGCCCCUAGACAUCUUAUCCCCUAUCCAAAGGAUAGGGGAUUAGAUUAUCUGAUCGUUGGAGUCCCACCGCUGGGGAUCCCAGUGAUCUUGGCUGCGGCACCCCAGACAUCCGGUGCAUGGAGAGAACUUCGCUCCGUGCCAGAUGACUGGCGAUGCGGAGACUCGUGAUGUCACAAUCACGCCCGCUCAUGACGUAAUGGCCACGCCCCCACAAUGCAAGUCUAUGAGAGGGGCGUGACAGAUUGAGCGGGGCGUGACCGUGACGUCACGAGCCUCCGGCGCUGCACCCGAUGCUCUAAAUGAACGCCGGGUGCAGCAGGGGGAUCGUAAGGGUCCAAAGGAUAGGGGAUAAUAUGUCUAGGGGCGGAGUACGCAUUUAAAGGAAAACUGUCAGACUUUUCACCCACACUAAACCCAAUACACUGGGUUAUAGUGUGGGUGAACAGGAUUCAAGCUAGGGGUCACUUACUUAUUUUCAUCACCUGGCCGCCGUGAUAUCUUGUUCAGAAUUUACGGGAUUUCUAAUGAGAAUAAGCGCACUGAAGGCGUCUCCCCCGCCGGCCCGCCGAUAAAUUUUCCACAGCUCUCACGUUCCCCAGCUCUCACGCCAUCAGGACGUAAGAGCUGGGGAAAAUAUAGCGGCGCAUGCGCUCUUUAGUCAGAGUGCUGUAAUCACGUGAUGUGGGACUCCACACUAGGACGUGGAGUUGAAUCCAAUGCAUAUGCAUAGUGCAGGGGCGGGCUUAGGAGCCUUACUACGGGAGCGGGAGGCGGCCAGCCGGCGGGGGAGACGCCUUCAGUGCGCUUAUUCUCAGAAAUCUCGGCGGCCAGUUGACAAAAAUAAGUAAGUGACCCCUAGUUUGAAUCUUGUUCACCUACACUAUAACCCAGUGUAUUGGGUUUAGUGUGGGUGAAAAGGCUGACAGUAAACCUGGAGGUGUCCAUUUUGAAGCAUAAGGUUUACUGGACCAUAUUCCAUAUGAAGGUAUGCCCUAUAGUGAAGAGCAGACUACAACCAACACAAUUUCUAGAGGACAUCAUAAUAGACUUUUGAUCCAUCGUAAGCAACAUUCACCUGUACACAAUGGUGCCUGGUCAAAGUCUUGAAAUGAGAAAGCAAUACUUUCCGGGGGGAUAACCCUCGCUUUUUUUAUUUAACGUUGGAUGUCGGUCAUGAUGAAAUCAACAGCAUCCUCAAACUGUGACAACCAGCUUAACACCAUCACGACUACCCAUGGUUCCAUAUGACAUAGUAAGCAGGACCACCUGUGACAGAGAUCCCCAACCCAGUCCUCAAGGCUCCACCAACAGUCCUGGAUUAAAAUUUUUCCUGUUUUAUUCCAAUGGAGUAACUGAAAAAAAAACGGAAUGUUUUAGGGUGCGGAGGACUGGGAUGGGGACCACUAAUGGAAGACAUGAAGGUAAAAUCACUGCUUAUAUUUUUCAUGUUUCCAGUUAUUCUAUUUGGGAAUUCUAGGCAGGUAGAUAAUAAAAAAUAAAAAUAUACAGCACUGGCCCUAAUUUACUAUUGUAAACCCGACCUGUUUUGUCAGGUUUUGAGCCAGAAUUUGGCAAAUUGUAUCUGCGCCAGAAUUUGAGGCAAAACAUGUAAAAACCUGACCAACUCUCCGUUUUAUUUAGAAAACCUGGAAAAGGGGCGUGGUCACUGGUGAAAGGGGGUGUGGCCACAAAAAAGGGGCGUACUCAAAAGUUGUUUUUUUUUAAAUCCCAACAUAUUUAAUAAGGUUUCCACAGAAAAUAUGGUGGACUUGAGCUCUGGAGCUCAGUGCAGGUGUAAAAAAAGCAAAAGGUAGGGAAACAUUAGUAAAUACCAUGGAAAAAUACUUAGGUAAUAAAGGGGGUACUCCCUUGCCCCAUCCUUCUGAACAUCCGGCUCAGAAGGCUUGGAGCAGCAGCCUCGGUCGCAAUGCAAUGUCAAGGCUACGGCCCCUCGUUACAUCACACCACGCCCCCUCCAUUGAUGUCAAUGGGAGGGGGCGUGACAACCGUCACACUCCCUCCCAUAGACAUCAAUGGAGGGGACAUGGCUUGAUGGCACAAGGGGCAUAGCCAAGACAUCUUGACCACAGUGUUUGCUCCAAGCCUUCUGAACCGGACGUUCAGAAGGAUGGGGCACGGGAGUACCCCUUUAAAACCUACAUAGAAAACUAUACUCCACUCUUAGUAAAUCAAGGCCACUGUGUAUAGAUAUGGGCAUGUUCCAAAUCGUUGCCCUCAACCCAGUCCUCAUUCAGUUUUUUUUUUUGCAGCUACUCCAUUGGAUUAGAAUAGGAAAAGUGGUAAAUCCUGGACAGGUGGUGGGCCUUGAGGACUGGGUUGGGGACUUCUAAUAAAGUAUUUAGCCAUCACUUCCUUUUAUUGGUUAUAUACAGUACUUACCGUACCGACAAAUUAGGGCAUUCCUCUUGGUAUCGGAUAUGGUUCUUCUUACCACUUUUUAUUUUCUUCCUGUGCCUUGACACAUAAUUGUUAAGGGUUGGUAUUUUUGAAAAAAAAAUAUUAAAAAAAUCAUACAAACAAAAAAACAAACAAACACCUGUACUUGCCAAGACGUGUAGAUGCAUAGUACUUUAUAUUUAUUCGUAUGAAAUGAGUCUGGUUUUUUAACGCUGACUUCCCUCUUUUUCCCAUUUAUCCAUACAAACACAAUCACGUAUUGCUACAACAAAAUCAGUGAAGCUGAACAAACGUAAAAGAAAAAAAAAAGAAAAGAAAAAAGAAUUCGGCCAUUCUAAAAUAUCGAAAGACAGCACUUGUGUACGGCAAAGAGUUAAAGGGACUUAUCGCUGACCUGAGCUAAACAGCUGGUUGACUUAUUGAUCGGUAUAUAGACGAUGUGUUUUAAAUUUCCUGUCAAUAUUUGAAACAUAUCCAUUUUUUUAUGGUACAGUUACGUAUACUAAUGCUGCUUAAGCCUUUAAAAACCUCCAUCCUACAUCACUGUUAGAAUACAAUUUAUUUUUUUGCCAAAGCGAAUCGUGAUACAUUGCUUAACCAAUGCAACUUUUUACCCAAUUUCCACCAUUCAAAAAUAUACCCAAAAUAUUACUUUCCGUUUGUUACAUCCCCUCCCCUUCCCCCGACAUUUAUUCUUGGAAAUGGUUAAGUAAUUGAAUAUCAACUUCUUAAAAAAUGUAUAUAAAAUUUUCUUUUUUUUGUUGUUUUCUUUUUCUUUUUUUUUACAAUUUCAACCAAAUGUAUCUUUUUGUACGAAAUCUGUUCUUUUUGCAAACAGAUCCUCGUAGGCAAUCAUUUUUGUACAGUACGUGUGUAAAUAUACAUAUAUAUUUUUUAUAUAUCUUGUAAAACGUGAGAAGCAUACACGAGUGACAUUAUCAGUAUUAUAUUUUAUUAUUUUUUCCUUCUUUUUAUCAGCGCACCUGUUGACGUUUCUUGAAAUAUUUUUGGGUCAAGAAGAUCUUUUUUUUUUUUUUUUGUUCUUUUUUUGUUUGCUGUAUUGAAAUACAUUUUCUCUAUUAUUCCAACUUAGUUCAAUGUUAAAACAAUACAAUCUCAUUUUUUUAUUAUACUGUGUCACUGGUUGUUCUGAUAUUUUAUAAAUCUGCUCUUUUUGUUUAACAUCUUUUUGGAUAUUUAAAGGGAAAGCCACAAAUAAUGUAUAGAACUUUACAUACAGCAAAAUUCCUUCGAUUCAACUAAGAAUUAAAUUGAACAGAAUUGUUUAGAGUUUCUUUAAAUUUUAAGGCUGGGUUCCCAUUUGUCAGGUGAUCCUGCACUCUCCCUUAUGGGAACGGAUGGGAAGGCCGGAUGCCACAAGUUGGAUCUUUUGUAUCUAAUGUCCCAUUCGUUGCCCUUUUGGGGCACCAUGCCGGACCUAUGGAACAUGAGGCAUAUUUGCCAUCGAGGGUUUUGGGCUGCAAACUCUACUGGAUGAUCUUCCCCAUUUAAGUUGAGUUGAAAUAAAGGAAUUUUACUGUACAACUAUUCAUAAGAAGGUGAAUUCCAUUGUACUGUUUUCGCAAUUUCAAAUGGGAAAAAAAAAAAUAAAAA